AUGUAUACUUCAAAACGUCAACAAAAAAUUGCAGAAAGAAAAAAAUCUGCACAUAAAUCAAAACUAACAUCAACAGGAUCUUAUUCGACACAAACAGCUUUUAGAGAUGCGGAAAGAAAUUUCAAAUCGAGAUUACCAGAACCUGAUUAUAGUCGUGUUAUUGAUUUUGAUCAAAUUGAGAAUAUCAAUAGUGAUGGGUAUGAUGAAUUUAUUAAAGUGGAGUUGGACUGCGAUUUAGGAGAAAAAUGCCAUGAAAUUUUUGAAGAUCUCAGUACAGAUCAGGUUAAAAUAAAUCGAAGGUUUGGUUAUAUGUUGAAAAAUAUUCCCGGAUUUAUAUUUAUUCGUAAUCCGUUCACACCAAACUCACAACGACAAUUGGUUAAAAGAUGUGUACGAGAUUUUGCAUGUUAUCCUAAUAUCAAUAAUCUUGAUACACAUUAUGUAUUACCAAAGGAGGGUUUAUGGCGUGUACAUGAAAAAGUUAUAAAAGGAGAAUUGACGAAAGAUGAUCCUGAAUUUUAUGCACCUUUGAAAGUUACCAAAGACCAAACAACGAAUAAUAAUUAUAAUGACGAAGAAGUUUCUAAAGAUUCGUUGAAUGGAUUAUAUCGUGAGGAUGAUAAGGAUGAUAAAAAAUCGAAUUCUGCUACAAAUGUCGCUGAUUCAAAAACUGAUCCAUUACCAUCCGCCACUGUCCCAAUUCUUCCUCCAGCACAACUUUUUCGUAAGCUUCGAUGGACGACAUUAGGAUAUCAAUAUCAUUGGACUACUAAAACUUAUCAUCUUGAUCGACGUUACCCAUUUCCCAAAGAUAUCAAUGACUUGACAACUGCAAUUGUAAAAUCAAUUUAUCCUCUUCAGCUAAAAGACAAAAAUUUUGUGAAUAAUAAUAUAGUAGAACAAUGGCGAGCUGAAGCUGGAGUAGUGAAUUAUUAUCAUUUACGGGAUAAUUUAAUGGGACACGUUGAUCGAAGCGAAAUUAACAUGGAUGCGCCAUUGGUGUCUAUUAGUCUCGGACAUACUUGUAUAUUUUUAAUGGGUGGACCAACACGUGAUACACCUCCGACGUCUAUGUAUUUAAAGAGCGGUGAUAUUAUAGUAAUGUGUUCUCCUUGUCGGAGUUGGUUCCAUGGUGUCCCAAGAAUAAUAGACGAAACUCUACCUUCAUAUUUAUCGCCUUAUAAUGGUGAUGAUGAAGAAUGGUAUAAUUUUGGACAUCCCAUGAAACCGCAUAGAAUGCGUAUGGUUCACGAUUUAGUGUUGAACUAUGGAUUAGUCAAAAAAAUGGAAAGCCCCGAUCGUGCUUCAACUCGACAUUUGACGCGAUUUCACACCGACGAAUACAUUGAUUUUCUAUACAGAGUGACUCCUGAAAAUGUGGAAGAGCUUUCACAGCAACAAACAAGAUUUAAUGUAGGAGAAGAUUGUCCAAUAUUUGAAGGAUUAUUUGAAUUCUGUUCGAUAUCUGCCGGAGGUUCAAUAGGAGCCGCAAAUAAACUUAUAAGUGGAGAAUCCGACAUAGCAAUAAAUUGGUCAGGUGGACUUCAUCAUGCAAAACGAUUUGAAGCUUCUGGGUUUUGUUAUGUCAAUGAUAUUGUAUUAGCAAUUUUAGAAUUAUUAAGAUUUCAUCAACGCGUAUUAUAUAUCGAUAUUGAUAUACAUCAUGGCGAUGGCGUAGAAGAAGCGUUCUAUACUACCGAUAGAGUUCUCACGUGCUCUUUUCACAAGUUUGGUCAAUUCUUCCCUGGUACAGGUGAUGUUGGGGAUACUGGUUAUGGAAAGGGAAAACACUAUGCAGUCAAUUUUCCACUAAAAGAUGGCAUGGAUGAUUGGAGUUAUCAGAAUGUAUUUCGACCGGUGGUACAACAUAUUAUUGACUGGUACCGUCCUGGAGCCGUAGUACUACAAUGUGGCGCAGAUUCAUUAGCAGGAGAUCGUUUAGGGUGCUUUAAUCUAUCAAUGAAAGGUCAUGCUGCUUGUGUUGAAUUCGUUAAAGGUUUCGAUUUACCAUUAAUGGUUGUUGGAGGCGGUGGAUAUACCAUAAGAAAUGUCGCUCGAGUAUGGACUUAUGAAACUGGACUACUGUUAGGUGAACACCUAUCAGAAGAUUUACCAUAUAAUAAUUACUUGGAAUAUUAUGGGCCAGAGUAUAAAUUGGACGUUCCCUCAAACAAUAUGGAGAAUAUGAAUACCCCAGCUUAUCUUAACGAAAUGAAAGCUAAAGUAUUUGACAAUUUGAGACACAUACCAUUUGCACCUAGUGUUCAGAUGCAGGAGGUUCCAAGAAAUUACGCAUCGGAUAAUGAUGACUCUGAUGACGAAGAUCCUGAUAUUCGACUUUCACAACGAUUACGUGAUUCACAUAUCGUUCCUGAAACUGAACUAUCAGACUCCGAGGACGAGGGAAAUAGACGAAAUGAACAGAGUUUCAUAGGUCAUAGGAGUGAUCAUUCUAGAAAACCUCGUAAUGGAACUUCGAGUUAUAAUAUGGAUACAGAUUCAAUGUUCUUUUAA